AUGUCGGGCGAGGAUUUGGGAUAUCCGAGGUCACCUGGAAGACAAGCUCAAUCUCCAAUCGAGCUCCCUACAAGCGGCAGUCACGUAGGUGGCUAUAGGAGUCAACCACACAGACAACGCGUCAACUCUGGUGGGAGUGAUCUCUACUACGAAGAUGUCGAUCCACGGUUCGCUUCGGACCCAGAGCCGGUACCGCCACAAAACCUCCAGCCAGGAGAACGGAACCGGAGGCCUCCUCCCCUUCUCACGCCAGGACCGCCCGGCCAUUACCGACCCGACUCCUACAACGGCAUGCCUCCAACGAACUCGUACGAGGAAUUGCCCGGGGCGCGAUCUCCAGCGGAAAGUGAAACUAGUAAUUUCACCUCUGUCAGCCAGCGCGGCGUCAACCCCAAUUGGCGGCCGAACAACGGCGGAGAGUUCAGCACCCUGGGUCCUAUGAGGAGGCGAGAACAACAGACGAGGCAAGACAUGCUCCUGGCAGGAAACCCCGACUUUGAGCUGCCCGGAGCCGUAGGGCCUCAGCGUCUCCCAACUCGAGGUGGUAACGGAGGUCCAGGGAUGAGAGGCGGAAUUAUGAGAGGACCAGCUCGUGUCCCGCCUGCUAGUGCCAUUGGUGGUGGUGGCGAUGGUCCCUAUCCCACUCCCAUGGGGCCGCCCCUGCCUGGGGGUUCAAUGGGACCGCCUGGACCUGGACCGGGGACUGGAAUGGGAGGAAUGAGGGAGAUAUGA